UCUGAUUAAGGAAGGCCUGAAACAGGUUUCCUUGUUUUUUCUUUUAGGAAUGCUUUAAAGGAAGUUGGGCUACUCACAAGUUACUACAUAAGAAAGCAAAAGAUGAAAAGGCGAAACGGGAAGUGUGUUCCUGGACCGUAGAAGGAGAUGUUAACACUGAUCCAUGGGCAGGCUACCGGUACACUGGUAAACUCAGACCACAUUAUCCACUGAUGCCAACAAGGCCAGUGCCCAGUUACAUUCAGAGGCCAGACUACGCUGACCAUCCCUUAGCUGUGUGUCAGGCACUGUGCUAAGUUCUUUGCACGUGUUACUCCAUUUAAUACUUUCAACAUUUCUGAGGAAUGUCUGAAUCUGAACAGGCUCUCAAAGGUACUUCUCAAAUCAAAUUACUCUCAGCUGAAGAUAUAGAAGGGAUGCGACUUGUGUGUAGGCUUGCUAGAGAAGUCUUGGAUAUUGCUGCUGGGAUGAUUAAAGCAGGUGUAACUACUGAAGAAAUCGAUCACGCUGUACACUUAGCAUGCAUUGCAAGAAAUUGCUAUCCUUCUCCCCUGAAUUACUAUAAUUUCCCAAAGUCUUGUUGUACCUCAGUAAAUGAAGUCAUCUGCCAUGGGAUUCCAGACAGACGGCCUUUGCAAGAAGGUGAUAUUGUUAAUGUGGACAUCACUCUUUAUCGAAAUGGUUAUCACGGGGAUCUAAAUGAGACCUUUUUUGUUGGAGAUGUGGAUGAAGGAGCACGGAAACUUGUCCAGACUACAUAUGAAUGCCUGAUGCAAGCCAUUGAUGCAGUGAAGCCUGGUGUUCGAUACAGAGAGCUGGGAAAUAUCAUUCAGAAACAUGCCCAAGCAAAUGGAUUUUCAGUUGUUCGAAGCUAUUGUGGGCAUGGAAUCCACAAACUUUUCCAUACAGCCCCAAAUGUGCCACACUAUGCCAAAAAUAAGGCAGUUGGUGUGAUGAAGUCGGGCCACGUGUUUACAAUUGAGCCAAUGAUUUGUGAAGGUGGAUGGCAGGAUGAAACCUGGCCAGACGGCUGGACUGCAGUGACGAGGGACGGAAAGCGAUCCGCCCAGUUCGAGCACACCCUGCUGGUCACGGACACUGGCUGUGAAAUUCUUACCCGGAGACUUGAUAGCUCUCGGCCUCAUUUCAUGUCCCAGUUUUAAUUCUCCCAAGAUGCCUAAUGUCUGAACACCAUCUUGUACUGUGCGUUUUUAUUGAAAGUACAGAAAUGAACAGCCUUUUAGAAAUCACUCAGUUUGUUUUGACUGUGGCUAAGAAGGGACUACAGCAUUUGGUGUGUGUCCUCAGAGCUUUUUUGGGGGUCUGAAAAAGCUGAGAAGAAUAAAGGAAACAUUGCUUACUUCCUUCAGUCCCUAGCCUCACCCCCUCAGUUCUCUGUACUCUGUUUUCUUCUUUGUUCCUUGAGCAUUUUGACCCUGAAUCUGCUUCUCACUGCUUUGUCACUGCCACAGACGAGCUGCCAAGGGCCAGCUGCUUUCCAGGAGAGUGUUGAAGAUGAGAAAUCUUGAAACUUUAGCAACACAUUGCUCCAGAUUUUUAAUUAUAUAUUGGUAUAUAUGGAAAUAUAUAUAUGCAUACAUUUUAAAUUCCAUGUACAAAAUUAUUGAACACUGUAUGACCUUUGGUCUGGGUUGAUUCUGCUUUGACAGGAUAUCUGCUAUCAUAAGUGGAUCCAUAAUUUGCUAGUGGUUAAUUCCUGGUUGGGAAUUGGACUCCACUCACCCUCAUGCUAAUUAUUUACCGUUGUAUGUAUGUAGAAAAGUCUCCUGCAGUGUGGACUCAGUGAGUGAAUGGGAAGGCUCUCUUGGGAGGUGGUGAGAUAGUUGUGCUGCAGGCGGGGGCUGGCACUGCAGCAUCAGUUCACAGUACACUGCUGUCUCAGACCUUUUCUUCACAACCCUUCUUUUCUGAGGUUUCCCUCCCAAGUACUCAGAGAAGAGUGACAGUUGUCCUGUGGCAGGCAGGUGACGGGGGAAGAAUUCCAGUGUCUCCAGUCGUGGUGACUGAGGGUUAGCAUUUAGUCACUGGCGGCAGUGAGAAAGGACUCCAAGUGCCCGCGGGCAUGCUGCUGCCCUGUGUCGCCAUGUACCUCACCUCUGUAGACGAGAGUCAUCCAAACUGACCCUGGGGCCAGCGUCUGUGCUCUGUGUGCAGUGGAGACACACUAGAGCAUAAAGCUGUCACGAGAGCAUCCUUGAUUCCUAGCUAUCUCAUGACUUUAUUGUAAUAUAAUUUGAUACCAGUGACACAUACUUUAAGACAUCAUCUUUUCCAGAGUGCCUCAGACCUUAUUGCUUUAAGAGAAUGAUAAUGUUUUCAUGACUUUAAUGAUUUAGUAAAGUGAUUGAAUCUGGUGUAAACUUUUGGGUGUGUGUGUGUUUAAAGUUUUUAAUCAAACUGUAAUAUUUGUGAAUGGAAUGCUUUGUAAUAUGAAUGUUAAUAUAAUAUGUAAAGGGAGAUUAAAAGUUUGAAUGAUUAUCCCA